UCUUCACAUCUUAUUAAAGCUUUAAAAAACAAUACCUCUCUCUCUCUCUAGUCUCUACAAGCUCAAUGCCUCAAGUGGAUCUUGAAGCUUUUGUUUCUUCAGUAUGCGCCGGUGGUUCCGACCGGAAGAUCGCAUGCGAGUCAACCUACGUCGACGACCCGGACGCCAUCGCUUACUACAAAAACUCCUCCGCUAGUCCGACUGAUUUUCCACCGGAGUCUUAUUACAUAACCAAAGAUGCUCAGCUCGAGUGGCUCACCGACAACGCCUUCUUCGACCGCAAAGAAUCACAGAGAGGAAGCUCAGCACAUAUCAACUCCAACCCCAACUCGAACCCCAGCUCUCAGCGGUUUCUACUCAGCUCCAAAGCGUCCAUCAUCGGUUUGCCGAAGCCGCAGAACACUUGUCUAAAAGAAGCGAAGCAGCGGAGAAACGGCGGAAAAAAGGAAAAGAAUAACAGAGUCUUCUUGAAACGGGUCGGGUCGAGAAUGAAGUCGGAUCCUUCGCAGCUCGAGCCUUCUUCUCCUAAAGUCUCUUGCACCGGUAGGGUGAGGUCCAGACGAGAAAGAAGCCGACGCAUGCGCCGUCAGAAAUCGGUUCGACCGGAGAAGGCGAACCGGGUCAAGAAACCGGGGUUUAUGGCGAGUUUCAGAGCCAUCUUCAGGAGCAAAGGCGGCUGCAAAGAUGGGACCCACACGACGCCGGUCAUGGCACCACGUGACGACAUCAGGAGCCGGCUUCCGGUGGAAGAGGUUGAACCGGUGGUUCCCGGUUUGGGUGGGAUGAACCGGUUUGCUUCUGGAAGAAGAGGGGAUUUGUUGGGUGGAUAUUGACAAAAAGUGUAAUGUUUUAGUGAUUGGUUGUCUUUGUCCUGGUUUUGGUGGGACCUGUUUUUUAGCGUUCUGGUUGUGUGUUUUUUUUGAAAAGUCGUUGGCGCUGACGUGGCGAGUGGUUAACGGUUUUGAGGAACACGGCACCCGCGUAGGCGGUGUGAAUGCUACCCACCACACUGUGUGCUAAUGUUCUGUUUUGUAUAUUGUUUAUAUGGAGGCUUUGUUUUGCAUUCAGUCAUUAAAGUAGAUUUUCUUUUGUGUGUA